AUGUUGGCCCUUGGAUUUGCGCUUGUUGCUGGUGCGGUUGUUGGUGUUGCCGCUGCUCCUAAUCCGACGGAGCCUUCUGGUGCUUCGGUGUUCAAUGUUGGCCAGCAGUGUUCGAUCAAGUGGGAUGCUGAUGCGACUGGCACAUGGAAGGAUAUGAGCAUCCAGCUCAUGACCGGUGACAACUGGAACAUGAUCCACAUUACUACCAUCGCUCAAAAUAUUGACGCAACCGACGCGACCAAGAACACAUACACAUACACUUGCCCUGACGUCACACCCAACUCGCAGAUUUACUUUUACCAGUUCUCGAGCCCGUCGGACCCGAAGAACUUGUUGUGGACCACACGCUGGACUCUUGCGAGUGCGAGCGGAGAAACCACACCACCAAGCGAAACUACUCAGCCCAAUGGGGAUAAGAUUGGCUGGGGCAAGGGAGCGCUUGUUGACCCUUCGACGGCGGUUCCUGCCCCUGCUUACCUCGCUGGCAACAACCAAGCAGGGUCGACUAAUUCCACUGCAGCUGGAGCUCCAUCCACCGUUGUAAUCUCGAGCACUGCUUCCCAGACUGGUACCUUGAGCAUUACGUCAACCAUAAACCCUGGUCCUGGAGUCUCGAGUACCACCGUUGUCAACACUACCCCAGCUGCUUCGACUGGGCGUGCUGCCACCACUGGUGCACCCAGCGCUGGUGCCUCGGCCAACAACCAGACCACUACCACCAGCGCCAACGGUGCAUUGACCAACACUGCCGUCUCUGGCUUCACCCUCGUCGGAGCGUUCGUCGCCGCUCUCGGCUUGUUCUAG